AUGCGAACUGGCAAACAGCGGUAAAACCGCACCGUUUCCAUUUGCAGCGAGCAAUCGUCGCAAUUAGCCCCGUUAAACGCCGCCGGGUCGGCGGUGGGAGGGGCAGGAGAGCAGCGGCGGCGAUCAAAUCCUCACCAAGGCGUCCGGGUUGCAGGUGGACGAGAGGGGGUGGCGCGGGAGGAGGCAGAAUUCCGCUCGAUACAAAUUCGAUAAAGCCGCCGCCGGCCCGCAGGACUCCCUCGUUAUCCGGAUCCGGCUAGCCGUUACGUCAGAAAACUCGGCUCUCGUCAAGUUCCGCAACCGCGUUGCCGAUACUUCGGGGGAAGUUUAAUUUGCCGGAUAGACCGGCGCGCUAUAUGGCCGUCACUCGGAUUCUUCCUCCGGACGCGAAAGAUCUGGCCGCCCGUUAGAACGCUGCUAUUAAUCUUCGCCGGGCUCAAAGCCGCGCGCUUCACGACGCUCGCGUCAAGGAACUCGGCGACGUGUCGGAUCUCGUUCGGAUAUCAUUUUAUCUUGAAAUGAAAAUAACGCGGCCGAUCGCAUCGCGUGAAUCAAUUAACGAAUUGAGAAAUAUCUCGCGCUCUGUCGAACAGAUGACGAGAGGUGUAUCCUGACUAUUCGAAUUUCCGAGAUCGAUUAUCGUGUAAUCGGGGCUAUCUCCUGAAUCGGUUACCACAUCAGAGGGAUGUUCACGGCGACCAUAACCGCUUUUCCGUAAUGUCGCUUUGUCCGUCGUCGUCUCAUCAGCUUGUCGCAGCGGCGAUUGCGUUUCGGCGUGCCCGUCGUAAAUUUCCAAAGGACUUCGGUCUCGAGAGCGCGGUCGAAUGUGCGUCUGGAUGCGCCAAGGCGGAAACCGCGACGAGCCGCGAAGGGCCCAUUAAUCAAGCUAGAUCGAGCUCCUCGCUCCUCGUGAAACGCGCGUGCGGCUCAAGAUCCGAUCACGUUUGUCCUACGAGUGCGCGAGGCCACGAUUACGACAAUCCGUACGCCGGCGGGAAUUCGAUCAGCUGCAGUUGCUGCCGGAACGGAAGAAACGGCGAGGAGGUUUCAGCGCUGCGGGACGAGUGCAGCGGCGGAGAUGCAAUCGAUACCGUGCCGUGCAGAGAACGCGAGGAGGUGCCCGCGACGUCGGGCGCGGAUAAAAAUGAAUUUGCAAAGCCUGCCGAACGGGACAGAUGCGAGACGCACGGGCGCAUCUGCGACGGACGAACUCGGCACAAAAGCUGGCGCGAUUCAAUGCGAGGCGAGAGUAGUCGAUUGUACGAGCGGCAUUGCCACUCGAAGAACUCCGAUAUAAUAUCCGCUGCACGCGAGGACGAAGAGCGUGAGAACGAGGGCGAGGACGACGACGAAGACGACGACGACGUGGCCGUUAUCAAUCACAAGGACUCCAUGUGCAUCCUCGCUGAAAAAUAUAAAGCCGGUAGGAGGUGCGGCGAUGGAAGGUGCGAGGAUCAGGCGGCAGGAUCGGCCGGCAGGACGGGCAAGGACGAGUGUAACAAAUCGUUGACUUCGGAAAUCAUCGAUCAGCCGGCGCUACCUGAGAGCGCGGAUUCACACGAGGAGUCGAGCGUGAAACACGUUUGCCGAGCACAUUGCGAGAGUUGCGGGACCGCGAUCGCGGAUACAUGUAAUCGUGCACGUAGACACGUACCGUCAGAGAUUGAAUACGAGCUACUGAAGUCCCCUUUGAGCGACCUGGCUGCCGCUCGAUGUUGCUCAACGCGAGUGCCUUGCAGAAGCACCUUCUGACUUCGGCCCCUCGUUUCGU